GGAUCUAAAGGGGGUGGGGCCAAGACAGGAGGCGGGACUAUGCCGGCACAGGGUUAUAAGUCGGGGUAGAGCAGGGUUCUGAGGGGGCUUCACAAAGGAUUAGUUAAUGGUGUGAAAGGGGGGGCUGGGCCAGGUCUAGGGGUGGCUCCAGUGGCUGGGUUCUGCAUGGAGCAGGGGCUGUGCCUCUUGGCUUCCUGGCCUGUAGGGUAGAGACAUGUGGUGUGAGCCCCUCUGGACUCCUGGGUGCCCCCUUGCUGUCCUGUUUCCUACCAACAGCCCUCGCCCUGGUUUCUUACCACCUGCAUGAGACCAGGAAUAAAUCUUCAGGUGCCCGGAGUUGUGGUCUCUUCCCUGUGAGCGCUGAGGGUCCCUCCUUCCUGGAAAGUUGCAGCCGUGAUCCUCGUGGGUCCCAGGAGCCGUGGGCAUGGAGCAGAAGGCCAGCGCUGGCAGGCGUCCCACUGAGAUUGAGAGAGCCGGUGAUGCUACCCCGUGGGCAAGGAUUGUUCCAGCAAUCGGGUUUUGUUGGGCUGGCUGCAUAACUGGGAGAGAAGACGAGCUGUCAGGCAUGAAGUGCGCAGGCAGAAAUGACAGUUUUUGCCCAGUCUAGCCAUAGAAUGCAGUCUAUAGCUGUGACCAAAUACAAGUGCACGGCUGCAUGCAGCUUUGAAAGUGGAGGAUCACGUGAAAGUCUGAACCCUCAUUGCAUGAGGCAUGAGAUAAAGAUGUUUCAAAAUGCAGCAUCUUCUGUGACUUGUGCCUAUGAGCUCCCAGCCUGUUCCUGUUUUCAGAAUGGGAGAAGGGAAAGGGAGCUGAGGUAGUUCAGCCCCCCUGGAGGUUUGGCUGGGUAUAAUGGAGCUUCCUCCCAGGUAAGGGGACUGCAAUUCACCCACCUUACCCUUCAGCACCAGCUGGGGAGCCCCAAGACUCAGUGUCUUCCACUGUCUUUCCCCCCUCCCAUUCUGAGAACAGGCAGUAUUGGCAGAGAGCUGCCCAUUGCUAGAUUCCCUGCUCUCCCCCGCAACCAACAGUGAACUUCUGUUUGGUCUGGGGUAACUUGUAACUCAGAGUGAUUUUUGCAAAGCACUCCAGUUACAGCUGGGAGCUGCACCCCAAGGGUGUUCAUCUUCAGGGCUUUUUUUUGUGCCCAGAAGCUUGUCUAACAUCUCUCCCACUUCUGCUGUUGAUCACCUCCGCAAAAUCAUUGCCUCUCCUACUUCCUGGACCAUUACUGCUACAACAGCAUUGGAGCCUCAUUAAUCCUUAGGUUGCCCAUGAGACCUUGGUGACUCUUUGGUCUCAACUCCCAACUUCAAAGCACUGGAAAGGAGAUGGUACUUAUAUUUGGGUCAUGCUGAUAACUGCAUAGUUUAAAAUGUUCCUUUAAAUAAAGUCAAGUGGGUUCAUUUGGCCAGUCAGAAAACUUCCCAAGAGGUAAUUUCUAAGCUGGGACAACCACUUUGCUCAUAACUCUGAAAUAGACUAGGUGCUAUCAGUUUUGAGGCUGCUGUAGAGGCAAGGCUGUGGAGUAACAAGGAAUAAGCCUUAAUGAAGCACAGACAGAUUUAAAUGGCUGCCUGCCUUGCCAAGACCUUGAAUAACCAGGUUAUCUUCGCUAGUCAAAAUGAAGCAGCAGACGGAUGCCUGUUACUUUUAGGACGCUUGCAGAUUAGCAAGAAAAAUAUUGCCUUGAAGAGUCAAACAACUCAGGAAAAAAUGGCUGGACCAUUAACCAAAGUGACCAUUUGUAAGGACAAAGAAGGAAAACCAAAAUCAUUUGGAUUUGUCUGCUUUAAGCACACAGAAUCAGUGCCUUAUGCUAUAGCUUUGCUGAAUGGAAUCCGUUUAUAUGGAAGACCAAUUAAAGUACAGUAUCGAUUCGGGAGUUCCUACUCACCAGAGAUAAACAGCCCUAUCCAAGGCUUUGAGAACUGUGUUGACAUACAUUCACCAACAUAUAGAAAUCAAGAGUCUUAUGGCAGUCCCCCAUUUCCUGUUACUCCUUUUCCAAUGAGCAAUAAUUUACCUCAGGAUUAUUCAGUCUUUCAGAAGAUGAUGAGCCAUUUUUUAGCACAACAGUAUGCUGCAUGCAAUCCAAUGGGGUAUCAACAUCCUUACUAUCAGAUGACACCUCCACCAUCCUCAGAGUUGCCCGUUUCACCAUAUCUGACUCCUGCUGAGGACUUCAAAGCUGGGCAGAGCUCUUUUGAGUGGGUCCCUCCACAAUCAAGUGACUGUGAACUGUACCAAGUUAAUGAAAGCCCACAUAAAAGAAAAAGAGAGCAGCAAACUAGUGAUAGUGACAGCAGCACUGAAAAUGACAGAAAAAACCUAAGAGAACAUGACCAAAAAUACAAAAAGUGUAAAGCCAAGAAAAAAAGGCGUUAAUAUGACGUAACUGGAUUCAUAAUUUUUUAUGGCACUUGAGUUUGUUUUUUUAUUUAAGAGGGAAAGUCUGUCUCUCUCAUCUUUGCACUUUACAAAACACAGAUUUACAAAAUUCAGAACCUGUUGUUUUCUGGAAGGUAUUAUUAUACAUAAGAUACCUUACAUUGUAGCUAAUCAUGGCUUAUUUGGAGGAAUAAAUCCUUUAAAAAAGAUAUAAGACAUAUUUUAGAAGGUAAGGUUUUCUUAAUAAAGGACAACACAGGGUUUGUUUUUUUUCCUGCUAUGUUUUCUCUUACCAGUAAUGAAUAUUGUUUCAGUAAUAUAGGAAUCUUUCAGCAACCAGAAGUGCAGCAUUUAACUGUAUUACUUUUGAAUGAAGGUAAGGUCUCAGUCCAGAGGUCUUCAAAUGAUUGUCAAAACUGGGUAGAAUUAAAGAUUUGGGAUUUCAUAACCAGUUUUAUUUUGGAAUAAAGGAUAAACAACAAUAA